AUGAAUAACAAUAAUACCAUUGUAUACAUAAGAGUCAAGGGCAAAAGACCUCAAGGGUUUGUUGAUCCUCCUGCAAUCAUAUGGGACACUCAAAAGGAAGAUCAACUAUGGUCGAUCAUGUCAAAAUUGACUUCUCAAAAGGAGAAAGUGGAUUGGAGUGAACUAUCACAACAAUUAGAUGUACCUAUUGAUUUUUUAAAACAAAGAAGUUAUAAAUUAUAUUCAAAUCAUUUGAAGAUACUACAAGAAUAUAUGGCAUCUAAAAAUGAUCAGCAAGACACUCUUAUGAUGAGAUUAAAUUCAGAAGUAUCCUCUACUCAAGACGAUUCAGAAAUUUCGAAAAAAUUUACUCAACCUUACAUGGAUCCUAAAACUAUAAUGACUUUUAAUGAUGUUGGCCAAUUAAGAAAGGAUAAUUUAGAAACCUCUAAUACUAAGUUAGUUAAUAAUGAAAAAUCAGAUGAUACAAUAGAUGCCUUAAAGAGAUUACAAUCCUCUAAAAUUUUAAAUUAUAAGAAACCAACGAGUAACAAUGCUGAAUUAGGUGAAAAUGAUACUAUUUCAACAGUAAGUGUUAGUAAUUCAGCGUUAGAGGAAGCGUUAUUGGACCGGUUACACUUAUAA